UGUGUGCGCGUGUGUUUCUGGAGGGAGACCCCCGACCCGCCACGGGGAGAGCGAGAGGUCUGCCGUAUCCGUGACAACGAGGAUGGGCUGCAAUCUGUGUAGUUUACAGAAGAGAGAGGAGCAUUACAAACUACUGUAUGAGAUCUCACAGGUGAAUGGCAGAGAUCUCUCGAGAGCGAGUCAUGAAGAGGCGGUCGAGGCUUUCCGCAGCGCUAAAGACCCCAUCGUGGUUCAGGUGCUCCGCCGGACCCCUCUGCCCCGAGGUCAAGCCCAGGACGUCCAGGUGGUGGACGUGUGCACACAAACCGAAAUCACCUUCGAGCACAUCAUGGCUCUGGCCAAACUCCGUCCUACAACACCGCCUGUGCCGGAUAUCUGUCCCUUUCUCCUGUCAGACAGCUGUCACUCUCUGCAUUCUGCUGAUCAGGAGAACUUUGAGGAUGGCCAGUAUCUUAACACAAUGAUUGUGGACGGAGAGAGACCUGAUGACUUUGAGUAUGAGGAGGUGGAACUGUGUCGAAUGAACAGCGAGGAGAAGCUCGGCCUCACGCUGUGUUACAGAACGGAUGAUGAAGAAGAUAUCGCUAUAUACGUCAGCGAGAUCGAACCGAACAGCAUCGCCGCCCGAGAUGGUCGCAUCCGAGAAGGCGACCGUAUUUUACAGAUUAAUGGGAGGGACGUUCAGGACAAACAGGAAUCUGUGGCCGUUUUGUCAAAUGAAGAAUGCAGAAAUAUUGUGCUGCUCGUGUGCAGGCCUGAAAUACAGGAGCCGUGGCUUGAUGAUGAACACAGCGAGUUCUUAGAAGAGCUGAAGAUGGAGAUGCUGGAAGAACAGAGAAGAGAAGAAGAGGAGAUGGAUAGAGCCGCAAGAGAAGAAGAAGAGAAGGCCGCAAGAAUCCAAGAAGACAUCACAGCCUCCUGUUCUUAUAAUCAGACCGGUCAAAAAGACGGCUCCGAAAAGAAUGUUCUCGCCCAAAUCCAAAAGCGUCUCUCGCGGUGUUUACGGCAGCGGCGCGAUGCUGCGGGUCAAAGCCGUGACUGUCCGGUGACGGGUCGGGUCUCCGGUGAGGGAGUGGAAGACAAAGUCACUGAUGGAGAUUGUUACCAGCAGCUCCUCGAGCUCAAGUGUCAAAUCCGCAACAGCGGCGAGUACGACCUCUUCUACAGACGCAGCAGCACCAUCGAAUGCAGUCUGCGGGAGCAGAGCAGUGGCGUUCAACACGAGCUGCGUCUGCUCAACGAGGAACUGUGCAGCAUCGAGCUGGAAUGCCAGAACAUCAUGCAAGCGCAUCAACUGCGUACGCAAAACCAAGGUCCCCGGAGCCCUCGGCACGCCGGGAAGCUGGCCGACAUCAGCGAGCACCCGGAAAAGUCAGACAAGGACAGUUCGAGUGCAUACAAUACGGCGGAGAGCUCCCGCAGUACUCCGCUAGCCAUGGACCGCUCUCCAGAACAUUCCGUGCAGAGGAUGAUCACUUUGACCAACCAGAAGAACCUCAAGAGUAGUUUCCUUGCCGGACGCGGUUCGCCCCCCUGUCCGCCCGUCAGGAGAGCGCCGAGCGGCAGUCCGGAUCACAGCAACCCCUCGGAGUCCGACCAAACUCCUCCUGCGGACGAUGAGAGGAGCCUUCACUCGUGCAUCCCGCGCCACCAGCAAACGGAUCAUGCCCGACAUUACCAGAGCGUUGUGCACCUGAUCCAACAACAAUCCGCUGUGGAGUACGCCCACAGUCUGCUGAGCGGUCCGCAGGCCCCUCUGCCGUCCGAACCCAAGAUGGAGUGGAAGGUCAAGGUGAGAAGCGACGGCACAAGGUACAUCACCAAGCGGCCGGUCCGAGACCGACUGCUCCGCGAGCGAGCCCUCAAAAUCAAGGAGGAGCGCAGCGGAGGUAUGACGACGGACGAUGACGCCAUGAGCGAGAUGAAGAUGGGACGCUACUGGAGCAAAGAGGAGCGGAAACAACAGCUCCUGCGGGCUAAAGAGCAGCGCCGGCGACGGGAGUUCAUGCAGCAGAGUCGACUGGAGUGUCUGCGGGAGAAUCCUCAGAGCGGCGGCGAGGGCCGUAAGGAGGUCAGCAUCAUCGAACUCAGCCAUCGUAAGAUGAUGAAGAAACGCAACAAGAAGAUUCUGGACAACUGGAUGACCAUUCAGGAACUGAUGACGCACGGCGCCAAAGCGCCAGAAGCUUCCAAAGUCCAUAACGCCUUUCUUUCCGUUACAACUGUAUAGAUUUUCACGAACAUUCUUGUACUUUACCCCAUGUGGUACGAUCUACUUUUGCCUCGUUCAAUGCGGCGAUUUUUAUGAGAAAACAAACAAGAAUAUUUUCACACUUUGUUACUGGAUAAAUGUUUUGUAUGCAAAUGUCAGUUUUUAUGAUUUAAUUUUCUGUUUUGUUACAAUAACAAAAACGUACUUGAAGGAACAUUCCAAACAAAGGAAACAUCACCUUCAUGUUAUUUCAAACGUGUAUGACUCUUUAUUUUGUUGAAUGUUAAAAUGUUCAGCCAAAAACU